GGUAGUUUCAAUUCUAGCACACACUUUAACCCUUGGCUAAAUGUAAAGUGCCUAUGAAAUAUUCAAGUUUUAUUCAGUCUGUCUUGUUGCUUAGGAUGACCAAACGACUAAUUACAGACUUUUUUGACACGAAUACUGGAGUUCGGAACAAAGUAAUCUGCAAAUCGAUUUCUACUGCUUCAAAGGUAGAUUUAGAACCAGAACUCCCAAAAGAUGAGCAAAAGAUAAAGGAUUCCGUGCAAAAUGAGACAUUUAGAAGUAUGCUAGGGGAUGAAUGGUCGGAAGUGCUGGAUUCUGAGAUUCAAAAGGGUUACUUUCAAGCACUCUGGACCAAAGUUGCAAACGAAAGAAAGGUCAAGAAGGUCUAUCCUCCAGCAGACUUGGUGUUCAACGCAUUCAAACUUACUCCUCUAUCUAAAAUUAAAGUUGUUAUAGUCGGACAGGACCCAUAUCACCAGCCUAGACAAGCAAUGGGUCUCUCGUUUUCGGUGCCCCGCGGAGUUCUGCUCCCACCAAGUUUGCGUAAUAUUUUUGCUGAGAUCGGUACAACAAGUAGACAUGGUGAUUUGACGUCAUGGGCUAAUCAGGGAGUUUUCCUUCUCAACUCUAUCUUGACUGUAGUAGACAGUCAACCAUUAGCUCACAAGUUUUACGGUUGGGAUGCAUUCACUAAUUGUGUCAUUGAUAUCAUUAAUGAAAAAAGGGAAAAUGUAGUCUUUUUGCUUUGGGGUAAAUUUGCACAAGAAAAGUGUAGCAAGAUUUCAAAGAGCAAGCACUGUAUACUGACAUGCGGACAUCCCUCUCCACUCUCUAUAAAGUUUUUCAAAGGUUGCGAUCAUUUUAAAAAAUGCAACGAAUACUUGACCAAAACAAAUCAAACUCCAAUAGAUUGGAAAUUACCACAGUAA